GCGCGAGUCUCUGUAGUGAGGGCGCGCGGACCGGUGCCCGGGCGCAGGCGGGGAGCAGCGCGGCGGCCGUCAUGACCGAGGGCACGUGUCUCCGUCGCAGAGGCGGGCCCUACCGCACCGAGCCCGCCACCGACCUCAGCCGCUGGCGCCUCCGCAGUGAGAGGGGAAGGCAGACGUGGACGUAUUUCCCGGAGGGGAAGGACCCUGGGCGCGAGCAGACCGGGCUGGAGGCCCACUCCCUGGGCCUGGACACCACGAGUUACUUUAAAGACUUGCCCAAAGCCUACACAGCCCGCGAAGGAGCUCUGAAUGGGAUGACGUUUUAUGUGGGGCUGCAGGCUGAGGAUGGGCAUUGGGCAGGUGAUUAUGGCGGCCCACUCUUCCUCCUGCCAGGCCUUCUGAUCACAUGCCACGUGAUGCAAAUCCGUCUGCCAGCAGGAUAUAAAGAAGAGAUAGAGCGAUACCUGCGGUCAGUGCAGCUUCCCGAUGGCGGCUGGGGCCUGCACGUGGAGGGCAAGUCCACGAUGUUUGGGACUGUGCUCAACUAUGUGUCUCUGAGAAUUCUGGGUGUUGGCCCUGACGAUCCUGACUUGGUACGAGCCCGGAACAUUCUUCACAAGAAAGGUGGUGCUGUGUCCAUCCCCUCCUGGGGGAAGUUCUGGUUGGCUGUCCUGAAUGUUUACAGCUGGGAAGGCCUCAACACUCUGUUCCCGGAGAUGUGGCUGUUUCCUGACUGGGUGCCUGCACAUCCCUCCACACUCUGGUGCCACUGCCGACAGGUCUACCUGCCCAUGAGCUACUGCUACGCCAUCCGGCUGAGCGCUAAGGAGGACCCACUGGUCCAGAGCCUCCGCCAGGAGCUCUACGUGCAAGACUACGCUUGCAUCGACUGGCCGGCGCAGAGGGACAACGUGAGCCCUGACGAUCUGUACACCCCGCACAGCUGGCUGCUCCGUGUGGUGUACGUGUUACUCAACCUGUACGAGGGCCACCACAGCACCAGCCUGCGGCAGCAGGCCAUCCAGAAGCUGUACGAGCACAUUGAGGCUGAUGACCGCUUCUCCAAGUACAUUAGUAUCGGCCCGAUCUCAAAAACCAUCAACAUGCUUGUGCGCUGGUACGUGGACGGGCCAGAUUCCCCUGCCUUCCAGGAGCACAUCUCCAGGAUUCCUGAUUUCCUCUGGCUGGGCCUCGAUGGCAUGAAAAUGCAGGGCACCAAUGGCUCACAGGUGUGGGACACCUCGUUCUCCAUCCAGGCUCUUCUAGAGGCGGGGGCACAACACAGGUCUGAGUUUUGGUCUUCCCUGCAGGAGGCACACGAGUUUAUCCGGCUCUCACAGGUCAUAGACAACCCCCCUGACUACCAGAAGUACUACCGCCAGAUGUGCAAGGGCGGCUUCCCCUUCAGCACGCUGGAUUGCGGCUGGGUUGUUUCUGACUGCACAGCUGAGGCCUUGAAGUCCAUCCUUCUCCUGCAGGAAGAGUGUCCUUUUAUCACCAAGCAUGUCGCACAAGAGCGUCUCUACGAUGCCGUUGCUGUGUUGAUGAACAUGAGAAAUUCUGAUGGAGGGUUUGCCACCUACGAGACUAGGCGUGGAGGGUACUUGCUGGAGCUGCUGAACCCCUCAGAGGUCUUUGGGGACAUCAUGAUCGACUACACAUAUGUGGAGUGCACCUCGGCUGUGAUGCAGGCACUGAAACUUUUCCAUGAGCGUUUCCCGGACCACAGGGCAAGGGAGAUCCGGGAGACGCUCGAGCAGGGCCUGGAGUUCUGUCGGCAGAAGCAGCGGGCUGACGGCUCCUGGGAAGGCUCCUGGGGAGUUUGCUUCACCUAUGGCACCUGGUUCGGGCUGGAAGCUUUCGCCUGCAUGGGGCAGACUUACCGCAGCGGGGCCGUGUGUGCGGCAGUCUCCCGGGCCUGUGACUUCCUGCUAUCCCAGCAGAUGGCGGACGGGGGCUGGGGGGAAGACUUCGAGUCCUGCAAGGAACGGCGUUACAUACAGAGUGCCACGUCCCAGAUCCACAACACGUCCUGGGCCUUGAUGGGGCUCAUGGCCGUCAGGCAUCCCUGCAUAGAGGCCCUGGAGAAGGGAGUCCGGUGGCUGCUUAGAAAACAGCUCCCCAGCGGCGACUGGCCCCAGGACAACAUCUCUGGUGUCUUCAACAAGUCCUGUGCCAUCAACUAUAACAGCUACAAGAACGUCUUCCCCAUCUGGGCCCUCGGCCGCUUCUCCCACCUGUACCCCGAGAGUGCCCUUGCUGGCCUCCCUUGAGGGUGCCUGGCAGGCAGGUGGGUGGUGGGCACCGUUGUCCGGGGGGCUGCUGAGCAGUGGCUGUCAUGUGAGUCCUGGUGGGGCAGCUUGGGUGAGCUGCAGGGGCCCCCUGCCCAGGGGUCCAGUGCCCCUCACCGCCCCCUUCCACAUGGUGCGACCAGGCCUGGGGCAGGGGUGGGGCCGGUGGCUUUAGGCACUUGAUUUUCAGGAUGGGUUUAAUUCUUUGAAGAGCUCUGGAGCUCUGGGGAGGAGAGGACAAGAUGAGCCCUGACCCCCGCCAGCGCCCAGCGUGUUCCGCAGCCCCUGGCCAGGGCGUGCCUCCUCGCUUUGGGGCUGGGAGGGCUUUCUCGACCAAAACCUCGGUUCUCAGGCGAGGGGCGCGGGGCCUCAUCUGCCUCCUGCUGGUGCUGCCCCGCAGCCGGCUCUUCCUAUUUCUUCUGUCUGUGGGGCUGAGGGAUGUGGUCUGGUCACCAUGGCGGCCCUGGGCUCGGCAAGGAACUGGGAGCAGACUUGCUGAGUGCCUGGGGCUGUGCAGAGGGAGUGGCUGCUGGCUGUGCCCUCCACCCCAGGUUCGCCCCUGCUGCAUCGUGGUCACCAGUUGUGGGCACCAGUAUCCCUCUCUCCCGCUUCUAACCCGUAGCGUCUCGUGAUGACAGGCUCAGGCAGCAGGCUCAGUGUGGCAAGCAGGGAGCGCUCACGAGUGGUUCGGUGGUCACCACUGUGGGGCAGUCAGCGUUGCUGGCUGGACAAGCCUGGCGCCGUAGGGUGCCCUCUAGGCUGCCACUAACCCUCAUGUCCUGGCUUGUCCUCUGAGCGGAAGUGAGGGCCAGAUUUCUGGGGCAGUGCCUCUUGGGCGCUAAACCUCUGAAUUCCCUUCUAUCUCUAAAUCUGGUUUGGUGUGCAUGGGUUUGGGGCCCAGGAUGGAAAAACCCGGGCUCUGGACUUGCCGUUGACCUUUGAGACAUGUGGCUCAUGUGCUCAGGGCUUCCCUAGGAGUGAGGAUGUGUGGAGCCACCAAGAGCUUUGAUGAGAAUAAAAGCCGGGUCUGGUGUUGCCCCCGUGCCCCUCUGCCUGUUGGUCUUCUGUGCCGCCUCCUGGGCUGGCAGCCGCCCCGACUGUGCUCCCUCAGGCAGCCUGAUGUCCGAGUGCUCCUCCGUUCCUGCCCUUCUCUGACCAGAUCCCUGCAGGGCCCUUGCCGAGACUGCAGCACGUGGCCUUGACCCUGCAGCUCUGCUGGCCUUGAGUGCCGUCCCUGACUCUGCCUGGGGCCUGCCUGACCUCCUCCGCUGACUCCUCUUCCCCAGGGUCUGGGUUGUGUGUACACACAGGUGGCCCCACUGGUUCCACCGGCUGCCACACUGUGUGGCACGUAGUGGGUGUUCAGUGACUACCUAUUGAGUGUCAGCACUUUCCCCCAGACAUUUUUUAACUUGGAUUUAUUUUGGCUGAAGGGACUGUUGGGAUCCCUUUGAAAUCUAUUGGGUUUGCUCUUGCCCUUCUUUUCUUGGCCCCUAUUCUCCCCCAGCUGGGACAGCAGCAGCGCAAGCUUCUGCCCCUUGAAGUGACCGCUGCCCCUGGUAGGCUCCCAGGGGGCCAGAUCACUGGGUCAAACCUAAGCAAUGAAAAUCUACUUUUAUACUGCAAAUUCAUUUCUGUGGGCAGCUAUCUUAACAAACAGAUAUGUGAUUCCCUUAGAAGCAGGUCACACUUGUGUUUUGUCUCAACUUGGGAACAGUCACAGAUCUGGGGUUUUCAGGGGAUAAGAGUAACUGCUAGAAGAUGAGCAGGUAUAUGUCAUUAUUUGAGUGGAAAUUAUGUGCUUCAGCCUAAUUAAAAAUCAAGUUCUCGGCAAAACAGAACAGAAACAAACGCAUAAAUAUAGAACAAACUGGUGGUUGCCAGCAGGGAGAGCAUAGGAGGUGAGUGAAACAGAAGAGUCCACACUUCCAGUCACAAAAUGUGUAAGUCAGGUGAUAGAAAGCGUGGCCUGAGGCACAUAGCCAGUGACAGCUCAGUCACGUUGGGUGGUGACCGCACCUGCUGUGGGGGACGCUGAGCAUGUGUACGGUUGAAUCACUGCUGUACCUGAAACUAAUACAAACUCGUGUCAGCUGUACUUUAGACUAAAUCAGGUUCUCUUUCCUGGGCAAAUCAACAAAGAUGCUUGAAUUCAAAUUAUUUUUGGUUAUUGGGAGCAGACUUUGAGUAUUUACUGGAAAUUUUUGCUGGAGCCAUAUUAAGUUUUCUGUAUUCACCGGGUGUAAACUUUAAACUUUCCCUGUGAGGAGGAAUUCCCUAACUAUAAACCCUUAACUCACAGUGGAAAUUCAACUCUAAUAGUUUUCUUUACUGAACCUAAUCAGUGUUGCUACAUACAUUUAAAUUUUAUUUGGGCAAUAAAAUGUUACAAAAAUUAAUACUA